ACUCAGACGCUACACCUAUUUACACGGAAAGUCAUUCGGAUUUACCAAGCACAACAUAACCUUACUGUUUAAACUACACAGUGUUUACAAAAAAAUGACAGUUGAAACAAAUAGUAACGAUCAAGUGAUUUUAGUAACAGGGGGUUAUGAUCAUACAAUUAAAGUAUGGCAAGCACAUACUGGAACAUGUACACGAACACUUCAACACACAGCUUCUCAAGUGAAUGCUCUAGCAAUUGCUCCAGAUAAAAAUCUUAUAGCAGCAGCAGGGUACCAAAAUAUCUUUAUGCAUGAUUUGGGUUCGAGUAACCCAAACUCCAUUCUCAACUAUGAAGGCGCACCGAAAAAUGUGACAAGUUUAGGUUUUCAGGAAGACGGUAAAUGGAUGUACACAGGAAGUGAAGAUUGUUUGACAAGGAUAUGGGACUUAAGGUCUAGUUCAUUCCAAUGCCAACGAAGAUAUGAGGUAUCUUCACCUGUCAACUGCGUUACUUUACAUCCAAAUCAAUCAGAGCUGAUUGUCGGUGAUCAAAGUGGAGCAAUUCAUAUAUGGGAUAUACGUUCUAACCAUAAUAAACAAUUGAUACCUGAGGCUGAAGCAUCAAUUCAAGAUAUUUCAAUAGAUGCAGAUGGUUCUUACAUGGCUGCCGUCAACAAUAAAGGUAAUUGUUACAUUUGGGCACUCACUGGAGGUGUAGGUGAAGAACCAACCAAACCUUACCCACGACACAAACUUGCAGCACAUAAACGAUAUGCAUUGAAGUGUAAAUUCAGUCCAGAUUCUACGCUUUUAGUUACAACAUCAGCCGAUCAAACAGCCAGAAUAUGGAAAACAUCUGAUUUUUCCGAAAUGCAAGUUUUACAAGAUGAUUCAAAAAGAUGGGUUUGGGAUGCUGCUUUUAGUGCAGAUUCACAAUACGUUUUUACAGCUAGUUCAGAUGGUGUUGCACGGUUAUGGAACGUAGCUAAUGGCACGAUUGAACGAGAAUAUCAAGGACAUCAGAAAGCUCUCACUGCUUUAGCUUUUAAAGACCAAAUUAUUUCAAGUUAAAACUAUUAUUUAUAUUGUACAUUAUUUUAAUGUUUAGUAAAAAAUUACUUCCUAAAAUCAAAUGCCAGUAUUGACAUGUAUUUGUUUCUUUUUUACGAUAGUGAAAAUUUUCAUAUUAUUCUAAUAUAUAACAUCA